CCACUCCAAUCCCCAUCCCAUCACGUCACCCUCUUUCUCUCUCUCUCUCGAGCGAGCGCGCGCAGCUGCGCGCUCCUUGCUGCCCUCUGUCGCGGAACGCACGCAAUUUCCCUCUGUUUCCCCUGUCCCCUCCCCUCUUUUGAACGUUUCCGAAAGGAGAAACGAAAAGGCCACAUUCCCCCAUUCCCCCAUAUUCCCCACCCCUCAUGGCGCACUCCCUUAUAUACUCGCCUCCUCCUCCAUCUCCUCCGCAUUCCCCUUAACUCUCUCUCUCCCUUGCUCUCUCUCUUUUGCUCUCGCUCUGCCCCGCCAUCUUUUCUGCCGUGACCAAUGGAGACGCGGUCGUCCCCGAAACUGAGGAGGCUCCGGUGCUCCGUCCAGAAGUACGAUUGGGGCCGCCGCGGGGCGGAAUCGCGGGUCGCCAAGCUGUUCGCGCUCAAUUCCGGCGCCGAGGCAGACCCCGACAGGCCGUACGCGGAGUUCUGGAUGGGGACCCACGGCUCCGGGCCGUCCUUCCUGUUGCCAGCCGGGUGCGGCAAUGGGGGCCACAAAGUCUCCCCGGACGUCACUCUGAAGGCCUGGAUUUCGAGCAACCCGGAUGUUCUUGGUGAUAAGGUGGUGGACGAGUGGGGCUGCGAUCUCCCCUUCUUGUUCAAGGUGCUUUCGAUCGCAAAACCAUUGUCGAUACAGGCUCACCCAGAUAAGGAAUUGGCGAGGGCUUUGCACAAGGCGCGGCCAGAUGUUUACAAGGAUGCUAAUCACAAGCCCGAGAUGGCUUUGGCCUUAACCAAGUUCGAGGCCAUCUGUGGAUUCAUUAGCAUGGAGGAACUUAAACAAGUGCUGUGUGAUGUUCCAGAGAUUGCGGAAUUAGUUGGCAGUACAGAUGUGGAAAAAUUCAUCAAACUGGGUGAACAAGAAGUGGAGAAAGCCAAGUGUCUUCUGCAAUCGAUUUUUACCAAACUCAUGUCAGCUAGUGCAGAUAUAGUUGCUUUGGCAGUUUCCCAGAUAAAAAGUCGUCUGGAGUUGGAGGGUCAGGUGAGACCAUUGACAGAUAAGGAACAGCUGGUGCUGAGGCUAGAAAAGCAAUAUCCAGCUGAUGUGGGGGUAAUUUCAGCAUUCUUUCUCAACUAUGUGAGGCUUAAUCCAGGCGAGGCAUUGUAUCUGGGGGCAAAUGAACCCCAUGCAUACGUAUCUGGUGAGUGUAUUGAGUGCAUGGCAACAUCUGACAAUGUUGUGCGAGCUGGCCUCACUCCUAAGACCAAGGAUAUCCAGACUCUUUGUUCCAUGCUCACUUACAAGCAGGGCUUUCCGGACAUCCUAAAAGGAGUACCUCUGAAAACGUACAUAACGAGAUACAUUCCCCCGUUUGAUGAAUUUGAAGUUGACCGCUGUGUACUACCCAAGGGCUCAUCAGCCGUCUUUUCUGCAGUUCUGGGUCCUUCCAUUUUUCUUGUGACCGACGGCGAGGGAACUAUAAAUGUGGGGUCCGUGAAGCAAGAUGUAGUUGCUGAAGGCUAUGUUUUAUUUGUACCUGCGAACGUGGAAAUUCAUGUGACAUCUGUGACAGAGCUGCAUGUGUAUAGAGCAGGAGUUAAUGACAGGUUUCUCAAGUCCCGUGAGUUGGAAAACGGCAAGAAGUCUCAGAUUUAAAUCCAGUGUAGGACAAAAGAUUUUGUUAUGCCUUCUGUGGUCAGUCUCCGUUGUGUAUGUAAAUCAUUCGUUUUCAUUAGUUUCUUGCAUGUACAUGCAUGAAACAUGAGAUCAAGCGAGUCUUAUGGGGAAUUAUAACAUAAUUCUUCAUAAAGUAGUUGUAGACUCUGAUCUCAGGCAAAGAUAAGCUCUUGCUGCAACCUCCUGAGGUUAAAAUUCUUGAGCAAAAUCCAGUAAUUCCUAUCCCGUACCUUCCAUGGUUCCCUUUAGUCAAGGAAGUGUCCUUUGUUUUGAAGUUUGAAUCCAGCCGCAAUAUUUACAAGGAUCGAUCUAUUUCACAUUUUUGCGGGGAUGAGAUAUUUGAUCCUUUUAAGAAUAAAUUGAAGAGGAAUGAAGGAAGUUCUAUAUUUUUCUGAAGUUCUGUUGAAUUGUGACCGAUGAUGUAUUUGGGUUAGUUAAAACACCUGUUUCUGUCUUGUACGUUGUGUUUGGAGGAGGAUGGUAGCAUCCGAUCUGAUGGCAUCAUUGGCAAGUUCAAUUA